AUGUGGGGAGCCACGAUACUAAUGGCGCGGUCAGGUCCCUUUAUGCAGAAAUUGUCGCUGCCUCAGAGGCAAACACUUGGCUUCGUCUACAAGCUCGUCACCGGUUCCAUCCCCUUUGAUGUGUUAAGGCUCCAUGAGAAGUACGGCGAUGUCGUUCGCAUCUCUCCCGACCAACUUGCCUUUGCGCACCCUCAAGCAUGGAAGGACAUCAUGGGCCAUCAAACCACCGAGAUGCCCAAGUACAAGAAUUACUACAGCCCCAUAGCCGGCGCACCUCAACACAUUGUCAACGCUGAUCGUGAAGAGCACGCUGCGCUGCGCCGUGCCCUCUCGCAUGGCUUCAGUGAGCGCAGCAUCCGCGACCAGCAGACCAUUAUCAAGCCGUACAUUGACUUCCUCAUUGAGCGCCUGCACGAGAAGUGCGACAAUGGAGUGAGCACGCAGGAUAUGGUCAUGUGGUACAACUACACAAUGUUCGACGUAAUUGGCGACCUGUCCUUUGGCGAGUCUUUUGGGUGUCUCGAGUCGGGCGAGUACCAUCCCUGGGUCCGAUCAUUCUUCAACCUCGCCCAGACAGGCACCUACCUCUACGGCGCUAGCUGGUGGCCCACGCUGCAAAAGAUGAUCAUUAAGUCCAUUCCCAAGAGUUCAAUUCAGGAGCAAAUUCAAAUGUAUUUGAUGACCGUCAAGAAGACAAAAAAGAGGAUGGACAUGGUCGAGACACGCGCCGACUUUGCCCAGGCACUGCUCGACAGGCGGGACAAGAUUGGUCUGAACAUGCAAAAGCUCGAGGCCAACGCCAACACCCUCGUCGUUGCCGGCUCCGAGACCACGGCGACAGCCAUGUCUGGCAUGACCUUCUACCUCUUGAAGAACCCAGAUGCCCACCAGAAGCUCAAGGACGAGAUCCGGGGUGCAUUCAAAUCUGAUGAGGAGAUUGACUUUCACGCUGCCAGCAACCUCCCCUAUCUGCAGGCUUGCAUCAACGAGACUCUGCGCGCAUAUCCUCCCACGCCCAGUGGCCUUCCUCGGACUGUCCCUGCCGGGGGUGCGACCAUCUGCGGACAAUUUGUCCCGGAGAAUACCGUCGUCGCCAUCUACCAAUGGGCCAUGCACAACCGCAGGGAAAACUUUAAGUUGCCGAACGAAUUCCAUCCCGAACGCUUCCUCGACGACGAGCGCUUCAAGUACGACAACAAGGACGCCUUCCAAGCCUUCCAUGUCGGUCCGCGCGCGUGCAUUGGCAAGAACCUUGCCUACCUCGAGAUGCGUGCUAUCAUGGCGCGUAUUAUCUACAAUUUCGACAUGGAGCUCUCACCCGACUGUCAAGACUGGAUGUCAAGGCAAAGAGUGUUUGACGUGUGGGAAAAGGACGAGCUCAAAGUGCACCUGAAGCCGGUUUCGAGGUAA